UGCUUCAGAAAAAAGAUAGAUUUAUCAUUUUUUAACCGAGAUUCUUCUUUCCGCUAUCUCUUUCUCUCUCUUCCUUCUUUGCUUCCCCUCGCCAAAGAGAGAAGAGAAGCGUGGAGACAAUCUCCGACAUUCCGGAAAGGGACAAACGCAAUCAAACAAUAAUUCGUAUCCCUCUAAUUUAUUCAUUUGUCCUGCAACUGCCGUUGUUUGUUAUUUUGUUGCGGGAGAGAGAGAGAGAGAAACAAGAGCGAGAGAGAUGUUGGUUGCAAAUAGCUUCGAUUUAUGGCAAAAAGACUCCUUCUUUUCUGCAGCUGAGGAGGUUCAGAAAUCUGCCGAUUUAAUGGAAUCAGCUUAUAGAGCAUGGCUCAAAUCAAGGAAAGAAGCAUUGAUGUCUCAGCAUUUAGAUAAGAUCAGUAGGGAGCUUCAAAUGGCUUUAGGCACUGCAAAAUGGCAGUUGGAAGAGUUUGAAAGAGCAGUUUGUCUAAGCUACAGAAAUAAGGUUGAUGAUAUUACAAUUACCCGGCAUAAGGAAUUUGUUUCAGCCAUAGAGGACCAAAUCUCCCGUGUUGAAACAGCAUUGAAGGUGUCACUGGAAGUUGAAGGGAAGAAACCAUUUCGGUGGGUGAACUUGGAUAAGGAAGAAUCCGAUGACUUAGUCCAUUUUCUUUCGGGAUCCCCAGGGACAUCACAGAUGAUCAAAGAUGGUCACAUAAAUGUGGGAGCACCAGACAGAGAUUACAGUCUUGGUUCUCCGGUAAGUUCCAAAGUCCUAAAUCGGGGUUGGGAAGAAGUCGCAGCAAGUGUUAAGGAUAUCGGCUGCUCCUUUGAACUACAAGAUAGAGAGGUUCGUGACACAGAAGAUGAAAUCAGCAAUCGAGCUGGUGAAAGUCUUAAUAAUCUGAGAGUCUGGAAUUCGCCCGACAGGAAUGCUUUGGAGAUCGUUGUUGAUACGGAUGAUAGAGAAACCAAUGGAUUAAUCGAAGCAAUGCCUAAGGAGAAGGGUUCAGAACCUUUGAUUUGGAGGUCAACAGGUGAAAUGCAUCGUAGAGCUAAAGAAGUGAAAAGCCACACUCAAAUGAAAUUGAUAAAUUGGAUAAAUAAUCACUUAAGAGGACGUCAGGGAAAUCAAAGACAAUAUCUAUCCCCAGUGUUACCGGUCAAAUCUAUACGUUUCGUACUAGCUUUGAUGAUAACCAUUUUUUUAUUUGUCCCUUUCGUGCUCCACUCAACUUAAGCCGUGUUUAAGUGCGAGCGAUAAUUGAGCCUGCAUACAGGUCAUGGAAUUUGGAUUUCUAAUGGAAUCUUAUUCAGUCAGGAUGGCUUCUGCAGUUCAAACAUGCUUGAGGGCCAUACUCGUUGAGAUUAAUCUCAAACGCAUUUGUAUCAUCAAGUUUCGCCAACCUCUCCAAGAAUAUAAAGAUUGUAAAACAUGCACCAUUCGAUCUUGAACAGAAAAAGAACUUCUGAGACUGGCAUCGUAUAGCUGUGUUUUUUUUAUAGCUAUUGUAGUGCUGUUCUUCAGUCUUGAGGUGUUAAAGGAAAGUGGAUUUGAUGGAUUCUUCUUCUUUGAGCUGUCCUGUUAUUUGCAGACAUCCAUUUGUGAUAAUAUAUAAAUAGGUUGUUCAA